CGUUUGAUGGACCCAGUGAGCUGGACAAAAAGAGGAUGAAUCAAUGUUGGAGCAAAGGAAUGUCCCGCUCAGCCACCCUGGCCCUUAAUGUUGGGGCCCAGGCCCCAGAGGCUCUGUCCCUACUGCACCAGCGCCUGUUGUUGGCUGAGGAGGAGGCUGAAGGUCUUAUUGAAGACAUGGGCGCUCUGGGGGUUUCCAGGGACCAAAUCUUGGGAUCUGCACAGAGAAUAGACGCUAUUCAGCACCCUGUAAGUCCUCUGAAGAUGCCUUGGGUCCUUGGGGAUGAAGGCAUACUGUGGCAACAGUGUGACGCUCUAGUGACUCGGGUGUGUCGCAUGGAAAGUCUGCUACAGACCCUCAAACUCACCAUCUUCCGCCUAGAGACUGAGAGAGCGCUGGAUCCCUCUCACACAGCUCAUCUGAAGCAGCAGCUGGCAGCGCUGCAGCAGGAGAGUCAGGAGGAGUAUCAGGCCUCCAGGAGGGAGGUGAUGAAGCUCAGGGACCGACUUCAGCAGGCUUACCAGGAAAGAGACGAGGCUCGCACAGAGGUGCAGAUGCUGGGGGAGACCGUGGAGGUAGCUACUGCCGCCAAGAUGGAUGUGGCUUUGGCUGCCAAGGAGCUGAAGAUUGUCAAAUUAGAGAUGAGUCAGAAACUGAUAGAGAUGAAAGAGCAGAUGAGACAGGAGUCGGCCCGCUCUGAUGAAGCCAUGGUAUCUCACAGCGAGCUUCUCCAGCGUGUUGAGGAGAUGGAGAGAGUGGUGGAGAUGGAGAGGAGACAGGCUCUGCUGCUGCGGUCGGAUUGCCAGGUCUUGCAAGUGCAAGUCCAGGUCAGCCAGCAGCAACUGGAAGAAGAAAAAGACAGAGGCAGGCAGCUGGAGGAACACUGUCAGGAUCUCAAAGAACAAACAGCAAUGAAGGACUCCCUUGUGUCUGAGUUGAAAACUGAACUGAAAGCUGAGAGGAGUCGUGUGGUCAAGCAACUACAAGAGCGAGACCUGCAGCUGGAGGCAGCCAGACGCAACAUUCAGACUGAGCUGCAUGUGGCGCUAACAGAUAAAGUUAGCCUGCAGCUGAAGCUAGAGAAGCUCGAAGAUGAACAUGCACAGCUCGUGCAGAGGUCUUCCACUGCACAAGAGACAGCAGUCACUCAGAGGGAACUAUUGGAGCAAACCAUUGCGAGGCUACGGGGGGAGCUGAACACUGCCAAAAAAGAGGAGGCGGCAAUGAGGAAAGACCUGGAGGGUUCAAAACAUGAGUUAUGUCUUGUUGUCACGAAGUUGGAGGGUGAGAGGAGCAGUCUGGAGAGCCAACUCAGUGAGGCCAAGCGGGAGAUGGUAUCUCUGAGCUCAGCCUUACACAGCCAGCAAGUUGAGAACAGAAGGCUCAUGGGACAUAAGAUCAGUGAGCUGGAGGCCUUGCAGGGAGUCUGUGGUCCUGCAGGAGCUGUUGCAAGUCAAACCCUUGAAAGCAUCCUGGCCUCCCAUACCAGCCUCCAACUCAACAGUAGGAACCUGCAGCAGGACCUGGGGGGUCGAGAGCAGGAGCUGGCCACACUCAAGAUCAACAGGCUGCAGGCUCAGAGAGAAAUCAGGAAACACCAAGUAGAGGUGGAGAAACUCCAGGGACUCCUGACAUCUACUCACUCCAAGAACAACAAAGCUAAGGCCUCGGAUACAGCCAAAAUAGACAACAAGAGGCUGGCUCAGAGUUUGGAGCAGGCUGUGUUGACCAACAGCAGUUUACACAGCAAACUGGAGCAGGCCAGAGACCAGCACCAGGCUACCAUCACACUGAGAGAUGAGGAGUUGCGUGAGGCUCGGACAAAGAUUAGUCAUUUGUCUGAAGAGCUGGGCGCUAUAAAGCAACAAACAAGGGAAGACUAUGAAUCUUCCAUGAAGACACUGCAUCGAGAAAUCUCAGAGCUAAAAAUGACAGUUAAAGACUCGUCCAAUGGGUCAAGUCACCUGUCCAGGGCCAAUCAGGAGCUCCGCCGACGGGUGUCUGAGCUUGAGUGGCUGGUGUCCAAACAGAAAGCUUGUAUCAGAGAGCAGAGGAGCCAGCUGAGGCAGCAGCAGGACAACUCUCAGAAAGUUGAGGUUUUACGCAAACAGGAGGCAGAGUGGGAGAGGUGGACUUCUACCAUCCAACGCUGGGAGGACAAGAGAGAGCUGGCUCAUAUCGCUGCUAAUCCAAGCCUGUGAGGACACAGCUGACAACACAAUCACACUGACAGAUAAUAACCCACGUAUCUCACACAAACACACACCUGCCCACAGACUAAACUUUAGUCUGUUUAGUCACUAAAGCAACAUGACACAGUGAUCCU